CAAAGUCAAUAAAGGGGGAUAACUCUACGAACAUUCGCGAACUGUCUGCGAAAGUAAACAAACAAACAAACAAGAAAAAUGGCUCAAGAAUAUUCUGUCAUAACGCAGAGCUUGGUUACUAUAAAUGUAUCAAGCUCACUUAAUAGUUUUGGCAGUGAGAGAAGAUUUCCAAAGGAUUUAAAGAUAGCAGAAUUGAAGGAUAAAUUAGUGUUGCUGACAGGCGCAAGUGUAUCUAGCAUGAAGCUAGAGUUGUUUAACAAGGAAGACAAAUUGGUAUGCCCACUAGACAAUGACGAGGCAUUACUUGGAUCUUACCCUGUGGAAGAUGGCAUGAGGAUACACGUGAAUGAUCCAAAUGCAAAAGUUGGAGAGUUUGAAGAUGUAUCAAAGGUUGAAAAGUUCGAAUUGAGUGCAGACGAAUAUGCUAAAAGAGCAGAUUCUGUGCGAGCAUUCAAAGAGAGAAAUAAGAUGGGAAGAUUUAAGGAAGUAACUCCAGAGGAACAACAAAGGUUAGAUGAAGAGAAAAAGAUAAAAGAACAAAAAGAAAAAGAGAAGGCUGAAAGCAUGAAAAUUGGAGACAGGUGUGAAGUUCAAGUUGCCGGUCAGCCAAGUAGAAGGGGCUGUGUCCAGUAUGUAGGCACAACAGAUUUUAAGCCAGGUUAUUGGGUUGGUGUUCAGUAUGAUGAACCUGUUGGCAAAAAUAAUGGAAGUGUGAAAGGAAGACAGUACUUCCAGUGCCCGGACAAGUAUGGAGGAUUUGUAAAACCAGAAAAUGUAGAAGUUGGCGACUUUCCGGAAGAAGGGUUUGAUGAUGAUGAUGAUGAAAUGUGAUAUAUUUAUAAGUUAAGACAAUUAGGAUUUUUUUUAAAUUGCUUGGAAGUCCAGUAUUAGUUGGUUUCCCAAGUCAGAGAAUAAGAGAUUAGUUUUGUUCCUUAAAUCAGGGAACAAGAAUGAAUGACGCAGUUCAUCUCUAUGUGCAUUACCAAGAACAUGAUGGCCGAAGAAGAAUUGAAGCCCAAAGUGUUUGUGUUUCAUGAGGAUACAACUUAAUUUUGAUUAAAUCAGAUGAUUGAAAUGCAACUGUUAUGAUUACUGAAAUUAUCAUUGUGUAAUUUAGGCCCUAAAUAUUCCACUGUUUCUGAAUGGUAGCAAACUGUCGACAAUAUUUUGUUGUUGCUUAUUAUCGUUAAAGUUUGAACAUGUAGAAUGUCCACCUUGUAGCUUAUUUUAUAGUAAAAGAUGAUUGUCAUUUAUUUUACAUCAGUUAUACAGAACUGUUAAAACUGAAUGGUUCUAUAGAUUGGCAAAUAUUUGCUAUGUCUUUACAUUUUUUUCAGACUAAGUUAAAAUCGUUCUACCAAAGAGUUGAUAAAUGAGGUGUUAAAAUUUUCAUCCCAUAGGCACCUUACCUUUGUGUACACAUUUUUGUAAAAUUGAUAAAAAAAGGUGAUACGUUAAUUUGAAUGAGAAUCUGAAGUUAGAACAGAGCUAGAUUGAUAAGAAUACAGAGAUAGAUUAAAGUUAAACAUUUCUUUCAGAGUUUAAUGUCUGUAUAAGUGUAACAUAGAAUUGCAAUAGGUUGGUGUUGUAGUUGUAAAGGAUGAGAAUAUAUACAGUUAAGCUUUCAUACCUUCGUUUGCAGCUGAAACCUUUGUACAAUGUAUCUAUAUUUAUCAUGCAGUUUUAUGGAUGCCUUAUGUUCAGCAUAGGUCUACUAACCUGAUAUAUUCCAUGCUGUAUGAGGUCAGUAGAUUUACACUAUAAUACUUCAUUUUUACAUUAAAACAAAUUAUGAAUUGAAUUCCUGUAUACAUGUGCUUUGUUUCUUAAUUAAAAGAAUUAUAUUGAGAAAAAUACUAAACAGUAGGCUAUAGAAGAUGAAACUGAUCUUUAACCAUAUAUAUAUAUAUUUGUCAUGAAAACUUGCUGAUUUUCUUCCUGGUAACAGGUAUAAAUUUAAAAUGCCUCGUUAAAAUUUGAUUUUAAUUGCUGGAUAAAAGAUACUUCAGUAUCUAGAAUGUAUAGUAAAAUAAGUACAUGUACAGUAGAUGGCAAUUAUUGGGUUAGUAGGUUUAUGCAAGAAUUAAGAGUUGCUGAAGCUUGCUUAUAAGAUGUUUCAAGCACUCACCUACACUAGUAACAAUAGCCUGACAAUGUACAAGUGAGCCGCGCCAUGACAAAACCAACAUAGUGGGUUUGCGACCAGCAUGGAUCCAGACCAGCCUGUGCAUCCGCGCAGUCUGGUCAGGAUCCAUGCUGUUCGCUUUCAAAGCCU